CGAGCACUCAAAGUCUUCGGUCCUCACAUCGAUCCGUGUUUCCCAAAGUGACCGCCCCAAAUCCCAUUCUCAAUCUGUCAGAAUGAGCGGUGAUGUCAUUGGGACUGUAUAAAUACCACACAUGCCCUCUAUGAUUAGGCUCUGUCGCCAUUCCCGCUCUUUCGCGGUCUCCUCUUCCCCCCGGCACUUCAAACUCCGCACGAUGUCAGAAGAUCCUGUAUUUCGCGUCGCCUUACGCGGCGAUGAACUCCUCAACAAUCCCCGCUUCAAUAAAGGAACUGGCUUCACCAUCAAGGAGCGCAAAGCGUUUGGGCUGACUGGGCGUCUUCCAUCCAGAGUAAACACCCUGGACGAGCAAUGUGAGCGGGCAUACCAGCAGUUGCAGAGUCGCGAUGCGCCUAUCCGGAAAAACUCUUUCCUGCAGAGUCUCAAGACCCAGAACAUCGUGUUGUACUACACUCUGCUCGCCAAACAUCUGCGAGAGCUCAUUCCUAUCAUCUACACGCCAACAGAGGCAGAAGCUAUCUCAGACUAUUCCCACUUGUACAGACGCAGCGAAGGCUUGUAUCUGACCUUCGACAAUCAAGAUAGCAUGGAAGAGGACUUCCUCGAGCAAACUCGAGGAGUGAAUAUCGAUCUGGUUGUGUGCUCCGAUAGCGAAGCGAUAUUAGGAAUCGGGGACCAGGGCGUCGGGGGAAUCGGGAUUUCUUCGGCCAAAUCUGUGAUUUACUCACUCAUCGGGGGCAUCAAUCCUGCUUGUGCUUUGCCUGUCGUUCUCGACGUGGGAACUGACAAUGAGCAAUUACUGAAUGAUCCACUCUAUGUCGGAUGGCCGCACAAACGGGUGAGAGGCGAAGAAUAUGACAAAUUCAUCGACAAAUUCGUCCAACUUGUUCGGAAGUACUUCCCGCACAGUCUGCUCCAUUUUGAGGACUUCGGAGUGACUAACGCCCAGCGUAUCUUGAGACGGUACCGAGAUAACCACGCUGUGUUCAACGAUGAUAUCCAAGGCACUGGUGCUGUGACGCUUUCUUGCAUCAUGGCCGCUGUUGGUGUUACCAAGACGCAAUUGGCGGAUCAGCGCUACAUCAUCUACGGUGCUGGAUCGGCUGGACUGGGGAUCGCUCGCCAGCUGCGCGAUGCGAUUGUAGCGAUGGACGACGUAUCAGUGGAGGAAGCGACUUCCCGCUUUUAUCUUAUCGACAAGCAUGGUCUGAUCAAGCAGUCCUUGGGACCCAACAACAUCCGAGAUGACCUGAAGGAGUUUGUGAGAGCUGACGAAGAGUGGAACAGUUCCGAAGAGAUCGGACUACUGGAAGUUGUGAAUAAGAUCAAGCCAACGGUGAUGAUCGGCACGUCGACUCAUGCUGGAGCCUUCACCGAAGAGGUUAUCAAGGCGAUGGCUGCAAACUGCGAUCGACCUAUCAUUCUUCCGCUCUCCAACCCCAGCAAGCUGGUCGAAGUUGACCCCAAGGACGCGAAUGACUGGACAAAGGGCAAGGCACUUCUUGCGACCGGGAGCCCGUUCCCGCCUGCCAAAAUGCCGAAUGGCAAGGACUACGUUAUCGCCGAAUGCAACAAUGCCCUGAUCUACCCGGGACUUGGCUUGGGAGCGAUCCUAUCUAAAUCCAAGUGCAUGACCGACACGAUGCUCAUCGCAGGUGCCCGACGACUUGCUUCGCUUGCGCCAGCCUUGAAAGAUCCGGACGAGGCUCUGCUCCCCGACUUUGCUGACGCACCUGCCGUUAAUCUCGAGGUUGCGAUCGCAGUCGCAGAACAGGCGAUACAGGAAGGCAGUGCCGAGGUCUCAUGGACCAAGGAAGAGGUCAGAGAAAAGGUGCAGCAGGGUUUGUGGCGUCCAACGUACGGGGAAUAUGUGUAUGACAAGGACGGAAUGCAGUAGAACAUAAACAUGCUCUAGAUAAUCUGUACGAUAGAACUUGGGACAAUAUACUAGGAAUCA